UUUCUAAGAAACAAAAGUCUAACUAAUCUUGAGAAAUAAGCAGUCUAAUUUUCUUUAUUCAGCGCGUAUAGUUUGGUGGAGUGGGACAGUUGUCAUUCGACCAUUCGAUGUAGAUUGACAAUUUAUUCUAGAGAUAUUUUGUUCAUUAUUAUGUUUGUUAUUUUGGUUGUAACAUUAGCUUGCUAGGCUUGCAGAUUUCUAGCUAUAUAUCAAUAUAGUGACAAAUACAGCCUGCUUUAAAGGUAGUAAAACAAUGUUUCGGGAAAAAACGGACUCGAUUUACAUUUUCGGUUCAUUCAUUCGACAAUCUCGAACAGUGGGGCGCAAGCGGUGUCGUGUCUGAACUUGUUGACAUUCUUUUGUUUACAAGUGAGCUUGGUUAUUUUCUAGCUAUUAGACAAGAAAGCUUAUUCACUGGUGACAGCACUCAACACAAUAACAUAUUGCAUUAUAGAAAAAAGUAAUUGGACAGUUGGCUAUAGGCUAUGUUAACGUUUCACAUUUGUAAGAGUAAUAAGUGUCAUUCUAUGUUUUAGCUAGUUUUCCAAGAAUCAAAAUGUCAAGAAAUAAAUUGCACAAUAUUAGUUAUCGGAUAUCUAGAAAGCCAUAUCUAGAAUAAAUAAAUACAUAUAAUAAAGCCUAACAUUAGAUAUAAUCUUAACUUUACAAUUGAAGUUUCUACGAUAACCUAAAAAAAUGGCUACAUUUCAUUUGGCCACAGCUACGAAGCAGAAAGCUUGUUAUUUUCUUCAGCUGAUCCUUUAUAAUGUAGCCUACAUUGCUCAGACUAGGUGGCAUGCCACGUUGAUAUUUCUCAAUUCGCCUUUAUCUAUGAAAUAAUAAUGCUAUUUUCUCUCGAUAUUUUGUGAUUUUUUUUGUAUGAUCAUAACAGCGUUAUUGACCAGUGCUUGUUACGCAGUUAUGAAUGAAUGAGCUCUGGUGCGCGUGCGCGAAGUACCCAAAGCUUAUAAACAAGGGCUGCACGCAUGUGAUCACAUGACUGUUCUUUAUCUAGUCUACACAGACAAAGGACUUUGUUAUAUGGAGGCAUUUUAUCCCCUAUUUAAUGACCUGUAGAUAUGAUUUAUUAUGGCCAUAAUGUGUUAUUGCCACAGGAAAUGGGGAUUCGUAAUUGUAGAAUUAACCAGUGCUUUUUAUUAUUCACCUAUUAAUAUUCAAUGCAAACAUAAAUUACAUAGGCCUAGCGUUUAACCAAAUAAUUCAAAGAAUAUUAAUUCGUAAUUUUGUAAGUUUUAUAUAUAUACCUGUUGUGGUCAGAUUCUGAAAUUGUCAUUUAUCGUUGUCUCCAGUGGCUGUCUACAGACUUUCCAGCUGACAUGGCGUAAUAUGUUAUGGGAAGUUAAUAAGACUGAACAAGUUGAGAAAAACAAGAUGGAUGCAAAUAGAAUGGAAGACUCUUUUGAUCUUCUGAAAUGCAAUGAGGCUCUGUCCUCGUCACCUGGCUGCCCCCCUACUCCCAUGGAGUAUGAUGACCUGCCAGAGCUGCAGGAGGUAGAGGAGAACCAGUCCUCUCUGGGGCUGUUCCAUGUGGGAACUGGGGUGUCACAUCAGGACUGUAUAGCUGGUUACCCUCACACCAAUUGGCUGACUGAGCUAGCUAACAUCGCCACCAGCCCUCAGAGCCCCCUACUGCAGGAGCCUCCUCCCAUCAAGAGGUCGUCUCCUAUGCACAUCUUUGCCACCAGUCGUAGUUUACAUUCUUACGCCCGACCUCCCCUGGCUAGCAGUGCACCCAGCCCCUCUAGGGGUCACCUUAGGGAGCGCAGCAGACGUGUCAGAGCCAGCAGUGAGUCAGAGUCUGGUGUGUUCUCUAUGUCAUCCUUCUCUGAUGAUGAGGACAUGGGUUGGUCUAACUCCUGGCCCUCAACUGCCUGGCACUGUUUCCUGAAAGGCACCCGGUUGCGGUUCCACAGGGGUUCUAACAAGGAGUGGCAAGAGGCUGAGGACCUGGGAGACUCUGAUGACGAGUCAGAUGAUGAUGAGAGAAUAAUGCCGUGCACUGCCCGAAAGAGCUACGGUUCGGAAGGUCUGAAGCUAGUGGCCCACGAGGAGAACGUGUCGUACGGCCAGGCUGUCCUCAAACUCACCUUUGACCCCGGCUCGCCAGAAGAUGGCCUCUUAACGGCAGAGUGCAGAUUUGAUCACCCCUUCUUUGUGAAAAACAAAGGCUGGUCCUCAUUCUAUCCCAGCCUGACGGUGGUGCAGCACGGUAUCCCCUGCUAUGAGAUGCAGGUGGGGGACCUAUGUCUUCCUCCAGGCCACAGAGACUCCAUAAACUGUGACGACUCGGUUGUCUUCGACACCUUCAGGAGUUAUGACUUCACCCCUCUGGACUCUUCAGCUGUCUAUGUGCUGAGCAGCAUGGCCAGGCAGCGUAGGACCUCCCAGUCCAGCAGUGGCGCUGUCUCUCCUGACCCAGAGAAACUCUCCAGUUCCUUCCACCCCUCCUCCACCAGCAAAUCAAACAGGAGCAAUACCUCAGGGACAGCCCCUGGCGGGGCCACACCCACCAAAUGCAAGCGGCCAAUGAACGCCUUCAUGCUCUUCGCUAAGAAGUACCGGUUGGAGUACACACAGAUGUACCCUGGGAAGGAUAACAGAGCCAUCAGUGUAAUCCUGGGUGAUAAGUGGAAGAAGAUGAAGAACGAGGAGAGGAGGAUGUACACCAUGGAGGCCAAGGCUCUGGCUGACGAGCAGAAGAGACUCAACCCUGACUGCUGGAAACGCAAGAGAACCAACUUAGCCCAAUUUCUGUCCUGGACAUAAGGUCCUGAGCGAGAUUCAAACCUCUGGUUUAAACCAACACGGGGUCCCAGCACCAAUAGAUGGCCUGGUGAACAGACCGACCAGGUGAACAGACCGACCAGGCGACCCCACUAGCCUCUCUAGCCUGGUCCCAGAUCUGUUUGUGCUGUAUAGCCAACUAUGGUCGUUGGACCAUAAGACAGUACAAACAGACCCGGAACCAGACUAUUCUCUCUCUGCUCACCUGUCAAAUAUGAGACAUAACUGUGAUGCUGAAUACACUUGCUUUUAUAACUAAGAGACCUUAUAGAUAGGCCUACAAGAUAAAACGACAACUAUGAACUAUAUAUUAAAAAGCAGGUCAUCUAGUGUAACUAACCAUGCUUAUAUUUUCUUACAUUUUAAAAUGACAAGAGAUGCCUUGUUAUUCCUCUAUAAAAAAAGGAAAGGCUCAGUUUUAUUUCUUCGGGUAAUUUCAUAUUUCAAGGCAUGAAACCUUGAGAUCAGGGUUGCAACAUUCUGAUAACUUUCCAAAGAUUCCCCAGGUUUUCCAGAAAUUCAGGUUGAAAGACUCCCAGAAUCAGGAGGGUAUAAGCAAGAAAUCCAGAAUCCUCCAACCAGGAAUUCUGGAAAACUUGAGAAUUUUGGUAGAGUUACUGGAAAUUGAGAAUCCUACUUGAGACCCAGUGGUGCUAAGUUCGGUUAAGGAAGGAGGAGCAGUGAUACAAAAGUUAUAUUUUUAAUUGUAAAAUAAAUAAGGGGGAUUUUAAAUAGCUUUGGUAACACUUUAUUUUAAGGGUCCAUAAUAAAGCAUUUAUAAGGCAUACAAACCACUUGUUCAUCAUUUAUUAAUCAUUAAUCAUGCAGGAAUGUCUACCAAUGGCAUGUCACUCAAAAUAUUUAUAAAAUAUUCAUAAAGUAUAAAUAGUGCUCACUUUAGGGACUGCAAAAAUACUUUACUAAUUAUUAGUAAAUGGUUUAUAAAUGUGGGCGUAAUGAUUAAUAAAUGGUGACCACACAAUUUAUAAAUGCCUUAUUAAAUGGUUUAAUACAGAACCUUACAAUGGUGUUUUUUCUCUUCUCAGCUGUAGUUCAUAUUGACUUAUAUUUGUACAACUCAAUAUAUUGCACAGAUUGAUAAAGCCUUUCAUGCAUUGUAUCAUACAGUACAUGACCAAAAGUAUGUGGACACCUGCUCGUCGAACAUCUCAUUCCAAAAUCAUGGGCAUUAAUAUGGAGUUGGUCCUCCUUUGCUGAUAUAACAGCCUCUACUCUUCUGGGAAC